CGGCAAGACACUACAAGAGUGUGUGGUUACUCUAGUCCUCGGGUCAGCCAACCUUCGUCUUCUUUUUAGGUGCAACUAACCCAAGCCACGAACACUGUCAAGGUGGUGGCUAUGACAUUGGCUCAUAAGCGAGUUCUAUAUACCUUCGGAUAGGCUUCGCACUCCAUUACCAAACAACACUGUGACUGUAUUAGGAGAGUUCGGGAGGGAGUUCAGCAAAUCCAUGGUCUGGUUGCCAUUGAUCACAUCGUUCCUCCAUGCACGUUUGGGCAUACCCGGCCCUUUCUCGCACGCAGAUGCCUUUCGCCACCACAUCCAAGUUUUGCUUUUUUGGCAUCGUUGUUUCGUAAAACUGUUGGAAGUCCUCAUUUAUAUAUCUAAAGACCCAGUUAAUUGUACGAACAGACCAGUACCGCACCUUUCUUAACGCCUAGGGCCCGAGGCCGCUUUCCCUCAGGCCCUUUACAUUAACAUCCUCACCCGCCUCCUCCUCUUAAAUCUCCGAGGAAAGCCAUCAUGACGUGCCACAUGACUUGCCGCUCAACAGACAUGAGGCUCAAUUGUCACAGUGUGUGUCCAACUGUAUCGCACAGCCAAUCCAGCUCUGGCAGUCUCACGCCGUGGCGUCCUCCAUGUCCUCUCCCUCCUCGGCCAGAUACUUGUCGAGUGCCUUCUUAUCCUCCAUAUCCUCUCCCUCCUCGGCCAAAUACCUGUCGAGCGCCUCCUUAUCGUCCAAAUCCAGAUCCGCCGACGCCGCCGAGCGGCGUCUUCAUCGCAUGAAUGGCCCUCAGAAUCGGCGUCAGGUGAGCGUUCCGCACUGGGAAAGUGUGUCGGGGAGACGCAGCCUCCCUAGGUACCGCUUCGUUUUUGCUUUUAAGUUUAACGUUUAGAGAAACACAUUGUGCUGGCAAGGCCGUUGAAAACAUGGCGUGGCUCGGUGAGAACCCAACGGUGUUCAAAGUAUGAUUAAGGUUUCAACGCCCAAAUCCAGCUCUUUCUCCGGAACCAUGGGCCCUAUGCUCCUUCUCUGGAACUCUCAGCUGGGUUAUGUGCACUUUCCUUCGGAGACUUGAUCCUUCCGUUUUAUAAAUAUGCAGCCAGUUCCUACUUUUUGGGGAAAUCUGAUCUUCUCUCCUGAACCAGUACACUGCCCUUUCCCAUCCUGUCAAGCAAGCCUACUGCAAUCUUGCAAGCAAAACCUGUUGAUCCAAGUCGAGGAACAUCACGCCCGAACAUCAAGACUACCACCGCCUCAUCAUCCUUACCUUCACAGACCAUCCUCAAACCAGACCAGACCGUCGCCAUGGCAUCCACCGGCCGUUACAACCACCAGGCCAAGGCCCGCCAGGCCGGCUGGCAAGAAGGCGACAUCGCCUUCCUGCGCUCGCAUCACUCCUUCACAGAGGACGAGUACAAGUCCCUGAUCGGCAAGGGCCCAGGCCGCCUCGCAAUCGGCGCGACCUGCCACCCGGUCAUCAUCCUUCGGCGGUGCCCGCGCCAGGGCCUGUCCGUCAUCACCACCGUGUCGGCCUACGCGUCCGAGGAGCGGCGCAACCUCCCGCCCUGGCGCCAGGUGGCCCACGGCCGCAAGAGGCCGCAGGACUUUCGUGCCUUUGCGGGCUCGGAGCUCCCCCCGAGCCCCGCCGGUGCCGGUGCCGGUUCCGGUCGCCCGGCCCUGACCCUCGCGGCGCCGCACAUGAGGAUGCCCAAGCCGCGGGCGUCGUGGGUCUACGUCCGCCACGUCGCCGUGGUGCCCGACUCGGUGCUGGGCGUCUUCAACAAGUCGCCCGUGCACCUGCGCGUGAGCCGCGCGAGCGUCGGCGACCUGCUCGCCCACAUGCGCGAGAGCUGCCCGGCCGCCAUCGGGUGGUGCCUGAGCGCCGUGGUGGGGGCGGCGGGCAGCGGGAGAGCCCCCGUCGCCUCCUUGGACACGUCAACAAGGGUCGCGCCAGCCGCCGACAUCCCCGCCGCGGAAUAUACCAAGGCCAGGGAUGCGGCCAGCUGGCGUGGCCCGACGUCGUCGGUGGUUGCAGCCAGGCCACGGGCUGCUUCUUCCUCCUCCUCCUCCUCCACCACCUCCUCCUCCUCCUCCUCCGCGGUGUCGAGUAUCUCCACCGCCCCUACCGACCCUGAGACCGAAGAACAUACCGGCUCAGAGGUCCCAUCGCCCGCCGCCGCGCCGCUCAAGGCCGCGUGGUCCGCGAUCGUCAAGGCCCCAUCAAAGGCCUCCGCCACCAUUACACAUCUCACAGCUGCCGUCAUCCCAGCUGCCACCAUUACCCUACCAGCAUCCUCAUGGGCCUCUAUCGCGGGGAGCCAGGCCCGGUCACAGCCUGGCCCCCAAGAAGCGAAGAAAGUCGCCCGGGUGCUGCGUAUAACUUUUUAGCACAGAUCGGGCGGGGUUGGUGGGUGAGAGCUCGGUGUUUGAAUGGUUGGGAAUUUGUUGGAAGGAUGGUGGAUGUG